AUGGAUGGCCAUUGGGUCCCACCUGCGUUUCCCUGGUACAAGGUUAACGUAGACGCUGCAGUCUUCUCCCAACUCAGCAUGAUUGGCGUCGGUGUGAUCAUUAGGGACCACGUUGGAUCUGUCAUCGCAGCCUUAAGCAAAUGCCUCCCUCUUCCAAUGGAUCCUUUGGAAGCGAAAGCAAAGGCAAUGGACGAAGCCACUAUUUUCGCAUGGGACUUAGGAGUUAGAGAUGUCAUUUUCGAGUCAGAUUCCACGUUGGUUUGCCAUGCUAUGGAGAACCCCACUGAUGCCCUGGUCUCUAUCUCUACCGUGGUCUCAGGUUUUUGCUUUAGACUUCCUGUGUUUCGUACUUUCCAAUCAUCUCACGUGAGGUGA